AUGAGCGCAUCCUCUAGAACCGCUGCCCGCAAGGCGGUUUUAAUAAAUCCCUUUGCAGGGAGGGCUGCUGCUCGACCUGGCCUUGCCCUUCCAUCAGCCUACCUUGGACGACAGAGUCGGCAGUUUCCUUCAGAUUUCGCCGUGCGAGCCCUUCUGAUUCCUAUUCGAAGUAUAUCAACCGAACGGCAUUCAGUUGGGCUCUCCGACGUACCACCCCCUGGUUUCAACGCAGAGCAGGCCAAGAAGCCUCUCCCAAAGACAGAUACGCCUGCCUCGAGCAAGAAGGCGUCCGAGGCUAAAGCAAAAGCAACCGAGGACGCAACCGCUGCAAAGGCAACACAAUCUUCCACUGGCGAGCCCUCUGCAGAACCUAAGUCCUUGACCGAGUUGGCCGCGAAGAAGGCAGCAGAAGUUGAGAAGCAGGAAGGGAAACAGGAGAAGAAGUUGACUCUCGGACAAAAGAUCAAGCAUGAAAUCCAACACUACUGGGACGGUACAAAGCUUCUGGCGACGGAAGUCAGGAUCAGCAGCAAACUAGCAUUAAAGAUGGCUGCCGGUUACGAACUGACCCGACGAGAGAACCGACAACUGCAACGCACAGUUCAGGAUCUUGGACGCUUAGUUCCAUUUUCAGUCUUCGUCAUCGUUCCCUUUGCCGAAGCGCUCCUACCUAUCGCCCUAAGAUUGUUCCCCAAUAUGCUGCCUAGUACAUACGAAGCCCAGCAGUCCAAGGACAAGAAGGCGGCGACGCUACGUGCGACACGUAAAGAGGUCAGCGUUUUCCUCCGGGAGACUCUAAAGGAGACGGGGCUUCCUCUGUCGCCUACGACGACGCAGAAAGAGGAGUUCGCUACGUUCUUCCGAAAAUUACGGGCCACCGGGGAGAAGCCUAGCACAGAUGACGUGAUUAAGGUUUGCAAGGCCUUUAGGGACGACUUGACUCUUGACAAUUUGUCAAGGCCGCAGCUCGUAUCUAUGUGUCGGUACCUGAAUUUGAAUACGUUCGGUACGGACAUCAUGCUCAGGUACCAAAUUCGUCACAGAAUGAGGCAAAUCAAGAGGGACGACAAGGCGAUCAGCUACGAAGGUGUUGACAGUCUUAACGUCGCAGAACUACAGACUGCAUGUGCCAGCCGAGGCAUUAAAACGCAUACAGUAUCGCCCGCUCGACUACGAGAGGACCUUCAAUCUUGGUUGGACCUACGAUUAAAGCACGGUGUUCCUUCGACGCUGCUCGUGCUAAGCAAUGCUUACAUGUACGGCGAGAAGACAGAAGGUGGCUUCCACAGCCAGAUCGAGGCCCUAACUGGUGUGCUAUCAUCUAUCCCCGAGGAACUCUACCACGAGAUCGAGCUUGAGGUGCACAAUGCCGAGGGUGCGGCGACUAACAAGCAACGACUAGAGGUUCUGAAGGAGCAACAGGAUCUGAUCGAGGAAGAGAACGAGCAGAACCAGGAGAACCAGGACACGGGUCUCGCCACGCCCAAGGACGUGGAAGACAUUGACGAUAAAGAGGAUCGUGCUCAAGCAGCGGCUGCAGAGCAGGGCCUUAACAAAGAAGUGGUGGUCGAAGCUGUCGAUGCCGAGGCCGACCUGGUUCAAGCCAAGGAUGCGCAGCAAGAGCAGCAGAAGGUUGUAGAAGAGAAGGUGGAGAAAUAG